AAAGAAAAAAUAAUGAAUAAUUUGUGGAAGAACACCUCAGCUCUCUUUUGUCCAAAUCAAAUAAAUCAAAAUCCCUAGUGAAAACCUGCACUUUUCGUUCAUUCCUCUCUGCCUGUCGAUUUUUGCUACAUAUUAGAACUUACAAGGCAAACAAAAUUAGGAAAAAUUCCCAAUCUCUCUCUUUCUCCUUUGCAUUGGUAGAAGAGAAUAAAUAUAUAAAGCAAAUUCCAAACUGGGUCAUUAUGUGUCUAUCCAAGAUUAUUAGUUAUUAUUUUUAGGCACAUAGCGUAUCUCUGUGUGCUUGAAUGUUUUGUUUUUCAAGAAUUAGAAGCGGCCUUUUAGCUUUCAUUGAUAUCUUUGUACCGUUUUCUCGAUGUUUUGAGCAAUCCAAGAAGACCCAUUUGUUCUUUGAUACCAAACGAGGCGUUUUGAGCUAUCAAAGGUUUUUACAAAUUUUCUUAAUGAUGGAAGCAGAAACUUCAUGGGUCAGUCAUUGCUUUGAUAAUAUUGAAAAUGACAGUGUAGAGUUCGACCCAUUCUUAGAGCUCAAAGAUGAAAAUAGCAAAGAAAUUGCUGCUGCAGUUUCUGUGGAUUUAAUAUUACCUGAUGACCUCUUGGAGCGAAUAUUAACCUGUCUUCCAGUUGCUAGCAUAUUUAGGGCUGGCUGUGUAUGUAAAAGAUGGCAUGAGAUAGUAUCUUCGAAAAGAUUCCUGAGGAAUUUUUCUUGUCUCCCAUCACAGAAGCCUUGGUACUUCAUGUUCACUAGCUCUGAUGAACCCGUUGGUUAUGCAUAUGAUCCCAUCCUUCGAAAAUGGCAUGGGAUUGACCUUCCCUGCAUUGAGAGAUCCAAUUGGUUUAUUGCUUCGUCAUGUGGCUUAGUUUGUUUCAUGGACAGUGAUAGCAGGAGCAGGCUGUAUGUCUGUAACCCCAUAGCAAAAUGCUUCAAGGGGCUCGAUGAGCCUCCGGGUCCUAAAUUUUCCGAUUACAGCGCACUGGCAAUCUCUGUGAACAGAGUAUCUCGCAGUUACAAUGCCUCCAUCAUAAAAUCUAAGCAAGUUCCAGGCGACUUUUUCCAGUGGGAUCUCUCAAUCCAUGUGUAUAAUUCAGAAACAAUGUCUUGGGUGACCACUUUGACGGAGGUUUUAACAGGAUGGCGAGCUGGUGAUGAGAGCGUGAUUUGUGAUGACGUCUUGUACUUCUUGAUUUACUCAACUGGUGGUGGUGGCAGUGAGAAUCGCCACGGACUUAUCGCGUAUAACCUUACAAGCCAAUUGUCCCACAGUUUAUUGAUGAGAAGUUUCAUCCCGGUGCCAUGUUCUCUUACAUGUGGUCGUCUGAUGAACCUGAAGGAAAAGCUUCUAAUGGUAGGAGGAAUCGGGAAACAGGAUCGACCUGACAUAAUUAAGGGAAUCAGGAUUUGGAGUCUGAACGGGAAGGAGUGGCAAGAGAUAGCCCGAAUGCCUCAUAGUUUUUUUCAAGGUUUUGGGGAGAUCGAUGAGGUUUUCGCAAGCAGCGGUACAGAUGAUCUCAUAUACAUACAGAGCUAUGGAGGACCCACUCUUCUUGUUUUCGAUGUUAACCUGAGGGAAUGGAAGUGGUCACAGAAAUGCCCAGUGUCAAAGAGGUUCCCUCUUCAUCUUUUUACUGGUUUUUGCUUCGAACCAAGGCUGGAAAUUGCUCCAUAGAGCGAUCGUCUUUGUUAUUUUCGAGCAGGGUUCAAACCCCUAUAUAUAUAUAUAUAUGCAGUUCUGACUAUCUAUUUUCUAUUUAAAUAUGUUACUUAUAAUGUCAUUUUUAACCUUGAAUACUUGGUUCGAUCUAUUUUUUUAUUUCCCCAUGAA